GCACAGCAUUCUCGUUCAACACCAAGGUGAAACAUGGCGCAUCUACCUGUAUUUUUUAUUCCCUUUUGCCUCCUGUUCUUAGGAGCGUGGACGAGCUUCACUUCUGCGACCACUUUAGAGGAAUUGCAGUUGCAACUGAAUCAAUUAAACAAAAAUUAUAAAACUCUGGAAGAAAAAGUUACCAAACUGGAAUUCGCUCUGCACGUAGCGAACCCAUCGGCGGGAAAAAUUUCUAUUUCCCGGACGUGCGGAGAGACUCGAUCAGCCGAUCCAUCGCUAAGCUCCGGAAUGUAUUGGAUCGAUCCUGAUGGCCAAGGAGUAGGUGACGAUCCGAUAUACGUAUUUUGCAACAUGACAACAGGAUCAACAGCUGUUCACCACGACAGCGAAUCAUCGACGAAUGUGGGUCAUUGUGCCGGUCCGGGAUGCUAUUCCAGAGCAGUCAACUACGCCGCGAGCAACAGGCAAAUACUAGCAUUAGCUGAGUUAUCUGCCCAGUGUCAUCAGUCGAUUAAAUACGACUGCAACAAUGCCCCGUUGGAGUUGAAUGGCGUUUCUUACGCUUGGUGGAAUGAUAAAUAUGGAAUCCCGCAAUAUUAUUGGGCUGGCAGCAAUAACAGCGUGCAUACCUGCCAGUGUGGAAUCGAUGGCAACUGCAUCGAUCCUGCCGCCAAAUGCAACUGUGAUGCUGCAGCACCUGUUCAAUUAUCCGAUGACGGUAUUGUGACGAAUAAGGAAAUUCUCCCAAUCACAAUGCUGAACUUUGGUCGUACCCAGUUGGCAACCUCGUCUGGUGUUCACACGUUGGGCCCCUUUGAGUGUAUCGGACAGGUAACCGUCGAUAGGAUGCCAUCCUCUUGUGAAGAUCUAUGGAAAACCGGACACAAAUUGAACGGAUUGUAUUCAGUGGUAGGCGUUUCAACGGUUGAGAGCAUUCACUGCGAUUUUUCCAAGCUCCCACACGAGUUAGGUUUUCAGAAUUGGAUCGGAUUUGUAGACACCAAAUCUUCUCCCACUUACUUUUACGUAAGGAAAUUUGCAAAUUACUUCGCCAAAUUAUAUACCCCUAUUCCAUUUGAUGACGAAAUGAUGAAUGUGGGAGGUGCCAUGAAUUUGACUACGGGUAUAUUUACUACACCACGAACGGGCAAAUACUUUUUCACCGCAUCUGGAAGCACGAGCUUUCCAGCGUCUUCAUAUACGAUUCUUUUUGACAUAGAUAUAUUUAAAAACGAUCAUUCAAUAGGGAUAAGUAGCACUGAUUCAUACAGCUCUUCUUCGAAUUUAAAAACAUUCACUAUGCAAGCGGUUGUGGAGUUGCAAAAAGGAGAUGAAAUUUGGUUGGCCAUUUCGUUUGUAGCACAGGGAGCCUUCAUUUAUGGCUAUGACCACCUUCACUUUACAGGGUUCUUACUAGAAGAAGCAAUUUCUGAAUCAUUGAAAGCCCUCAAUUGAACAUUGUAAGCCAAA